GAGGUUAGGUUGCGGAAAAGUGACAGUAUUUUGACAGCGAUGCAUGGAUGAUUUUUUAUGUUUUAAUCCAGCUUGUUUGCGCAACUUAUCUCGAAAAAAUGGAGGUUAAAGCGAAGAGCGAACAUUUGCUAGCAUUGAAAGUGAUGAGAUUGACGCGACCUACUCUAGCAAGUCCAAUGGUUGUCACAUGCGAUUCAACAGACUUACCAGGUAACACACUGAACAAUGAGCUCAAAAACGAUUGCACAGCGUUGCAAGGCAUGGAAGCACUCGCUGUAGGACAGUUUAUGGUGUUACCUCAAAGUUUCGGGAAUAUAUAUUUGGGAGAGAUAUUUUCCAGUUACCUAUGUGUACACAACGGCAGCAAUCAAGUAGUAAAGAACGUUAAUGUUAAAGCAGACUUACAGACAAGCACGCAAACCAUUCCUCUCUCCAGCAAUAAUCUGGAAGAAAAAGAAUUAGCACCUGAUAGUACAGUGGACGAAGUCAUUCACCACGAGGUUAAAGAGAUAGGUACACACAUACUAGUUUGUGAGGUGUCUUACAUGUGUGCUAAUCAGGUCGGAUCACCAAUGUCUUUUAGGAAGUACUUCAAAUUCCAAGUGGUCAAACCACUGGAUGUAAAAACCAAGUUUUACAACGCAGAGUCGGACGAAGUGUAUCUCGAGGCGCAGAUCCAGAACUUAACGGCCGGGCCAAUUUGCUUAGAGAAAGUUGCUCUUGAAUCAUCCCACUUGUUCAGCGUGACCACGUUAAACACAAACGACAAAGGGGAAUCUAUUUACGGAAGCGUGAACCUGUUGGAUACGGGCUGCAGUAGGCAAUAUCUGUACUGCUUGAAGCCGCAGUCGAGCCUGUUGAAAGAUCCGAAGAUGAUGCAGAACGCCACGAACAUCGGCAAACUCGACAUCGUGUGGAGGAGCAAUUUGGGGGAGAGGGGAAGACUGCAAACGAGCCAGUUGCAGAGAAUGGCACCCGAGUAUGGAGACCUAAGAGUCAUCAUGAAAGACAUUCCCCUGAAGGCUUACCUCGAGGAACCGGUUAAUUGCACGUGUCACAUAAUAAAUACGUCAGAGAGGAGCAUGGAGCUACUGUUAAGUCUAGAAUCGAAUAACUCUAUAGCCUGGUGCGGGAUGUCCGACACGAUGAUUGGUACUCUGAAACCUGGAGCGUCUAUGGACAUACCCCUCUGCUUGAUCACUCUGGAGACGGGCAUUAUCACUAUUUCCGGUUUAAAAUUGACGGACACGUUUUUGAAAAGGGUGUACGAUUACGAGGACCUGGCGCAAAUUUUCGUCAACCAUUUGGAUUAAAAGAGAUAGACUUAAUUUUUAUCCAAUUUAUUGUAUUUUAUCGGAUACUUAUUGUAAAAAAUAUAAUAUAUUCAUACGUAUUCGUCCAA